AUGGGAGUCAAGGUAGGAAAGGAGAAGUUCCACAAAUCUCAACACUGGGGUUUUUGCAACAAUGUUAGGAUGCUGGUGAGUGAAGAUAAGCCUGGAAUAGGGGGAGAACUGCUACUUGGACAAAAGGUGAAGCCUAAAUACAGUGCAUUUCCUACAGGAACAGCAACCGAUGUGCCAUCCUGGGUGGUUUUUGAUAAGCAGGUAUUGUCUUUUGACGCCUAUGUAGAAGAUGCAGUACCUGACAUAAGUCAAGAAAAAUAUAGAAUAAGACACUAUAAAAUCUACUUCUACCUUGAAGAUGACACCAUUCAAGUAAAUGAACCAGAGUUGAAAAGUAGUGGACUGCCUCAAGGGACUUCGAUCCGGCGUCAUUGGAUUUCUCUCCCACCUCCUGAUGAGGAUCAGUUUUAUAUCGUCUAUCAUUUUAAUAUCAACAUAGACAUUGUCUUUUAUGGCCGGACAUUUAAGAUUUAUGACUGUGAUACGUUCACAAAAAACUUCUUGAAGAAAAUAGGGGUCAAAUUAAAUCCCCCAGGACAGUGUCCAGAAGAUCCUUACAUGAAGACAUGGAGAAAGAUGCUAGAGUGCAUGGAGCCCUUACAUCCCUAUGAGUCCUUUUAUGCUCUGAAACAGUUCCUUGAGUAUGAUAGGAAGGUUCUGCGUUUCUUCUGCCUGUGGGAUGACUCAGCCUCAUUGUUUGGGGAAUGUAGAGAACUCAUCCUGCAUUACUUUCUGUCUGAUGAUACUAUUGAGAUCAAAGAAGUUUUGCCAGACAACUUAGGUCGGCAUGCUGUGCCAUUCUUGCUCCAGAGGAGAAAGCUACCCAAGUAUGGCCCACCUGGAGUCUAUCAACCAGGCCACGUAACAGACCAAAUAGUUCUCAAUUUGUAUCGUGGCUUGGUAGAGAACUGAGUGCAUGGCUGCUGCCUUUUGGAAAGACACAAGGCAGGAAAAUUAGACCAAGACUUUUACAAAGAUAGUGACCUGUCCAUAGGAACCACCAUCAAUGUGUGGGGAAGAAAAGUGCUCCUUUGUGACUGUGAUGAAUUUACAAAGACCUAUUAAAAGACUAAACAUGGAAUUGAGAACUUUACCUCCAUUCCAUGUAAGGCUCCACCUCCUCUGAAAAUAGAAAGGAAAUUUCCACAUUAUGCCAACUUUUGUUCUGAAGAGGAUUCUCUCCACUUCUGCAUAGCCCUCAUGACCACACCUCAUACGAAGAUCAGAAAGUUCAUGGAAAAAGACAGAAAUGGCAACAUGAGCAGUACACUCCGGUUUUUUGCGAAACUGUUCACACGCAAAUGUGCCGAUGUGGACAGGAUGUUUGUUAUUUCAUAUUUUCUCAGCGAUAACACAGUUUCAGUGUUUGAACCUAUAGAGAAGAAUUCAGGGAUUACUGGUGGGAAGUUCUUGAAAAGGAGUUAUGUUAAGAAGCCUGGACAAGAAAUCUUUAAAAGUGAACUAUUGGAGUACAUCAAGGCCGAGGAGCUGUAUGUUGGAGCUAAAGUGAAUUUGAAUGGCUACCUAUUUCUUCUGCUCAGUGCUGAUGAAUAUACCUUCAACUACAUGGAAAAGCAUUCAGAUAAGUUUCCUAAGAGCAGCAUCAAACUUGCCCUACAAAAGCUCAAAGAACUCAAGUCCAGAGAGCUCAAGAAGCUGUUUGCAGCUGCUGACUGUAGGCACACAAAGAUGGUGGAUUACAAUACGUUCAGAGACAUAUUGAUGAGUUUAACUGUCAGGAAACUCACAGACCAUGAAGUAAUAACAAUUGCACGCUACUACUGGGUGCCCGAGGACACAUGUCUAGAUUCCAGUGUUCUCAUUGCACAGGUCCAUGAACAGCUCAAGAAAAAUUAUUUUGAGAAUUUUGAAACACUCAUUGCCAGAUGUGUGUACCAAGAUCGAGAAAAAAAAGUAUUACCAAGCAAAGACAUCAAACGGCUGUGCAAGUCCUCCAGGUUACCUUUGAAUGAUGAUCUUCUGACAUCCUUACUGUCCAGGUUUGAAGACAGUGAAGAACAAAUAAAUUAUGAUUCAUUUUUCUGUGCCCUGAACUGGAGAAUACAUCCGAUGCCCACAUUGGAAGCAGUGUCAUCUGAUAAAGAGAAAUGUGAAGAUGUGUGGCUCGGGAUGCUGUCACCAAUUCCUGUGGAAUACAUUAACUAUUUAAACCUUUUAAAGGACAUGUUUGGCUUAGAGGAGGAGUAACUGUGCCAGUUUUGGUCGACUCUGAUUCCCUUCCUAACUUUGCCAACUUUAUUUCAGUAGAUAAAGUUUCCUUAAAACAAAAAGAAGCAAGGUUCAUGUAGAUCAAAAUUAAUCUCCUUUUGUCACUUUAUUUUUUCAGAACAUCAUACUGCUGAUAUACCAGCACUAUUAAAAAUGCCAUUUAAAGAAACAUUGAACAUGUUUAUUAUAUGUAUGACUUAUUAAUACCAAAUAAUCAUCUGGUAAUUUUACAUCCAACAUAAUUUAAAAACACAAAAGGAAAAGUACUUUUGAAAGCUAAACAUGACAAUAUAAAAGCAAAUUAUAUCAGAGCAAUAAGUUGUGAUUGUAUUAAACAUAUUUUGAAAUCUUUCUGACAUAUUUACUUACAUAAUUAAACUUUGUAGCAACCCAUAUUAUCAAAAUAACCCUUAAACCUCUCUAGAGAGAAGGUAUUUUCUGUGAGUAGCAAAGCUGUGAGAAGAAAAGCACCCCCUUCCAACAUACUCACACACAGAAACACACACACAUGUGCAAAAAUUAGAGAGAAAUCAAAACUUUGCAUGUUUCUAUUUUGA